AUGGAAUCCUGGAUUUCUCUCAAGCCUCACUUUUAUGCCUUUCCUUCCUUCUCAUCCAUUCCUCCUACUCAACUCAAUACUUAUAGAAAAAACUCUCUUUUUACUGUUUCUGUUCGAGCACAGAUGGACCCUAACGAAGAUUCAGCUACAAUAGCCACAUCUGGUGAGUCUGUGGUUGAAACUCUCAAAGUUAAGGAAUGGGAAGUAGGAAUAUUUCAUAACGAGGUUGCUGCUACGCAAGGUAUAAGAAUAAGGAGAAGGCCACCAACUGGACCCCCUAAUCAUUACGUAGGACCUUUUCAAUUCCGGUUGCAGAACGAGGGAAAUACACCACGUAACAUCUUGGAAGAGAUUGUGUGGAAAAAGGACAAAGAAGUUGCACAACUAAAAGAACGAAAUCCCCUUUCUCCAACCUUCUCCUCUCUGCACGAACAACACCACCACCAUUUCCGCUUUCCAUCACAAACCGAAACCGCUGCCCUUUGUUCAAUUGCAACGCCUACAGUCCACCUUCAUCUGCAUCACCACUACUACCUCGACUGA